GCCGCGCAGUAGCGCGCCAGUCGCCGCGCCGCGUGCCGCCUUCGCACCUUCAUAACAUGACAAGCGAAUAACUUUUCCGUACUUUUCCACGCGCGCUCUCUUGAUUUUCCCUCUACGUUUGUGUUCGCGCGCCGGCUUCAUUGUACUUGGUUACACGGUACCAUGAAUUUGUGAUGUGAUAAGGCGAUUGUGUGUGUUGCCGUUGCUUUGACGUAAUUUAUGUAUAAGUUGCGGUUAAUACUGCUGGCUUAUAGUGAUAAAAACUUCUUAAGACUAGUGUUAUCCGUGAUGACAAACAAAAUUAUAGUGACUUAAAAAAUUGUGCUCAUAAAGAGGAUGCGAAGGCGGGACGCGUAAAUAGACAUAAAAUGACUAACUAGCAUGACGGUGGGGAAUUGACGUUUAGCAAAUAUGCGCAGUGGGUUAAAGAUAAUGUGGGGUAUAUAGUGUGAAGAAGUGUCGGGAUGCAGAGGGAAGUGUGACGGUGGGCAGCUACCGAGCAGCGGAUGCGGCGCGGCAGUGUAUACAGCGUGAGCGAAGGCGUGGAGCGGUGCGCUUGUACUAGGUAGCGCGGGCGCGGGUGCGGGUGCGCGUGCAGCCAUGGCCGGCUGAUGGAACCGGGCUGGUGGUCACCGUCGCCGUCGGCCUCGCCGCCGCCGCCGCCCCGCGCCCCGCCGCCCCGCUGUCGCUGUCGUCAGCCGCUCUCCACCAGCUACAACUGUUUACCGCACUAUGACGGUUGGGGAGAUGGUGAAGAGGAAUCGACGGGUGGUGCGCUGCGCGAACGUGAACUACGUUCGCUACACCGCACCGUGCCCGCGCUGCGCAGGCGUGAGCUUGAUACUAGGGCCAUCAAACACCAUUUCUACCCUGAAGGAGGAUGGGGGUGGAUCGUUUGUGGGGCAGCAUUCCUUGCUCAUCUGUUAUCCACUGGUCUGCAGCUAGCCUACGGCGCUCUUCAUGUUUACGCUCUAAGGCAUUUAGGGCCGACUGCAGAUCAUGCCGUUUGGGCCGGAGCAAUAUGUGUCGGUGUAUCCCGAGCAGCAGGCGCGCUUGUUGCUGGUCGUAAGAAGUCACCACGAUUGGCUGCGCUCUUAGGAGGAUUGCUGUUACCUCUCGCCUGCCUCUUCACAUCAUUCGCUACGCAACUCCAUCAGACAAUGCUUAGUUAUGGCGUCGUGCUAGGCAUAGGCUGUGGCUUGGUACGCGAAGCUGCUGGCCUGGUACUUGGUGCCUACUUUCGUCGAAGACGACAAUUUGUGGAACUAGUCGCCCAUGCUGGUGGGGGAGUCGGAAUUGCUCUCUUUAGCGUUGCAUACAAGGAAGCUGUAGGAAAACUGGGAUGGCGACUAGGUUUGCAAGCAGUGACAGGAGUCCUCGUACUAGCCUUCUUUCUAAGCGCUGUUUACCGAAGUGCCUCUCUCUAUCAUCCCCAGAGACGUGCCAUUCUUCAUCUUAAAAAUCAACGGCGAAAGGUAAAAGAAAAGAAAGGCCUAAAGAGACCUCCUCUUAUCGACCUAAGCCCUCUCCGUUCUCGGCCGGCAAAAGUUUUGUUGUUGGCCGCUGGAUUAGCAGCUUUUGGGCUUUAUACUCCAGUUUUCUUUUUGGCUUUACAAGGAUUUCAAGAAGGUUUAGAGGAGAGUGCAUUGGUGUUGCUUCAGACAUUUCUGGGGUUCGCCGCAGUCCUCGGUUGCGCUGGCUUUGGGCUCGUGCUGGUGCGACCGUCGGCUCAGUGCCUUGUCUCUAAACAAUAUUUGUGUCAAACCGCUAUGCUGGGAAUAGGGAUCUCCAUGCUGGCCUUAAGCAGCGUUGAAGGUUAUCACGGAUACGUUCUAUUUGCAUGGAUGUAUGGAUUAUGUUUAGGAGGCUUUUUAUAUUCAAUAAAAAUGCUCACUAUGGAACGCGUUCGAGGAAGACAUUUUAGUAAAGUAUGGGGUUUUGUUCAAGGAGCUGAAGCUAUCCCUGUGAUCGUCGGUGUACCUGUAACGGGAUACAUCAACCAGCAAGCGCCAAGGGCUGGAUUCUACUUCUCGACUGCAGCGACACUGGCCGGUGCCUUAUUAUUAUUCUUUGUCGGGUUCUCGAAAAGAGAACCGGAACCACCGCCUCCUGCACCCGCCCCUACUAUAUCUGAGGCCUGUCCGUGUGUGACACCCCCGCGCUGUGAACCAGCAUGGUGUGCGUGUAGCGCAGGCGGUGCUACAGCGUACUGCGCUUGGCCGGGCCCUACUUGCGGUUCUCGUUUGCCAAAAUCAUUGUCAUAUGCAGCACCACUCGACCGCGUUUGCUGUUCUGCUGCUCACUGCCCAGACUGCUAUCGGCGCACUGUACCUUUGAGACCUUCACGCAGUGUUCCUGAAGGGUUAGCAAGACGUGGUAGUACUUGGAAUCGUGGUGGCUCCUGCAGAAUGCCCUGUCGCAGGCGUGAACAUCAUCUCAUAGAACAAAUUACUACAUCGGUAUGAUAUACAUUAAUGAGAAGCCUCGAGUAUUUUAAUAAACUCUGUGCAUGGUGUAAUAAGGUUUUGAAGAACUAUAAUAUAGGUAUGAAUGCGACAAAGCCACAGGAGUGAGUACUAAAGGCGUGUAAAUAAUUAAUUCUUAUGUAGAUGAUAUUCUUAAUUGGGGUCGAAGAGAUAGAUUAGUUCUGAAAGCAAUAAAAAGAGAACGAUGUUUCUGUGCUCCUGAGUUCUAUCCUCGCCUCGAAAACUGUACCGUGAAUUUUACCAGACAUAUAUUGUCUAUUUAUGUGUAUUUAUAAAACUUCACUAUAAAUUCACAACUAGAAGAUCUUGAAUUGUAUCCAUCUAUAGUAUAUGUACACUGUAUCGUAUAUUUACAGUGGUACGUAUUUUUACAUUUCAAAAGUAGACAUUGGUUGAUUGUAUAAUAAAAUUAGCGCUCAUUUUUUAAGUCUUGAAGUACUUGUGGGACCUUUAUCAUAGUAGUUGGUACUAAUAUAUUAAAAUAAUAGAAACCAAAAAAAUCUUAAAUCUUUAUGUCCUCAUUGUCUUGUACGAAAAUAUUAUAUUGUAAAAUAUCAUCAACACUAACUUAAAGUUUCCUUUAUACUCAGUGGCUAGUAUUAUUAAAAUCAUUAGAUGAAUAUAAUAUGUAUCUAUAUCAUUACUCUGUGUUAUAAGAAAAUAAUCGAGUCAAUUUUAGCAAAUUAUUCGUUAUAUUGUAAUACAUCUUACAUAGAUAUGUUUUUGGAAUGUUUAGUUUAUUAUUGUUAACAGAAUAUUUUAUUGUUCGUUAGAUGUAUGUAAUUAUAUUUUUGAUGUUAUGCGAUUUGUUGUUUUUUACCAAAGUGUGAUUUACAAUCUUGGU